GUGGUUCAGCCUCACUUUGCUCAGACUCUCUCUCUCUCUCUCUCUCUCUCUCUCUCGGUGAAACAGCAGCGUUACGCUCUUAUUUCCUCUUUAAACUUUAUUAUUUCCCCUUUGUGUUAAAUUAUUUCCUGUCUGUAUAGAGAACAUUUACUCUCACUCAGGACAUGGACUGCGCUCUGGACCAGCUGGACGCUGCAGGAUUUCUGCGCAUCUGGCAACACUUCGAUGCAGACGAUAACGGCUACAUCGAGGGGAAGGAGCUGGAUGCAUUUUUUCGGCACCUUCUGAUAAAACUGGGACCUGGGGAUAAGAUAACGGAGGAGAAAGUGCAGCAGCUGAAGGCCAGGUUCAUGUCCGCCUACGACGUCACGGCCGACGGUCGCCUGCAGAUCCAGGAACUCGCCAAUAUGAUCCUACCAGAAAAAGAAAAUUUCCUGUUGCUAUUCCACCGUGAAGCUCCUCUGGACAACAGCGUAGAGUUUAUGAAGAUCUGGAGGAAGUAUGAUGCGGACAGCAGUGGAUAUAUAUCUGCAGCAGAGCUAAGGAAUUUCCUGAAGGAUCUUUUUAAACAGCACAAAAAGGAAGUGUCCUCUAACAAGCUGGAUGAAUACACAGACACCAUGAUGAAUAUAUUUGACAAGAACAAAGAUGGCCGCUUGGAUCUGACUGAUUUAGCUCGAAUCCUGGCUCUACAGGAGAACUUCCUGUUGCAGUUCAAGAUAGACGCGAACACUCUGGUGGAGAGGAAACGAGACUUUGAGAAAAUCUUCGCUCAUUACGAUGUUAGUAAGACGGGAGCUCUGGAGGGACCCGAGGUGGACGGAUUCGUCAAAGACAUGAUGGAGCUGGUCAGGCCGAGUAUCUCGGGCCCGGAGCUGGACCAGUUCAGAGUCGUGCUGCUGCGCCACUGUGACGUGAAUAAAGAUGGAAAGAUCCAGAAGAACGAACUGGCGCUGUGUUUAGGGAUGAAACCUAAGCCUUAGUCCGCGUUCUGUGGUUAUUACACAGCAGCGUGACGCUGUAGGACUGUUUGCAAACGUGUGCUAUUUAUUAUCUAUUUAAAUUCGGUUACAGACACGUGCUGAUAAUGUUUUUUAUGAUCAUUUACGCCGUUGCCGUGACGUCACUGCUCCUGUGGCUCAUUUAAAGAUGAGUCAGGAUGCAUUUUUCAGCACAUGCUAUUAUAUGCAGGAGAAAAUAACCGUAUCACCCAUCACUCAUCUUUACUGUGUGUGUGUGUGUGUGUGUGUGUGUGUGUGUGUGUGUGUGUGUCAGCACAAAGCAGCACAAACAACAGCUGUAAGCCGGAGCACCUCCAUGUUUUGUUUUCUCGUUACAGCAAAGCGCAUUCGGUUCUUCUGCAUAAACACGUUUCAUCAUUUAUAAGGAUUUUAACCCGCUAAUACAAGCCACCAUGCUAGCUGUUUUCUCUCUUUAACCCAUUAUCUCGUUCUCCUCGUUCACAAACACUUCCUAAUUUUGUCUAAAUUUCAAUCCCAGUUCUAACGCUAGCUAGCUUAAUUGUUAGUUUAGCUAUUGAUAUGCUAUCUCUCUGUACACAUUGCGCUAAUGGAGAUACAGGAGAGAGCUGAAGCUAUAAAACAGUGCUGCUGUUCCGCUUCCUAAUGAGAAUUAAUAAUCCUAAUGGUUUCCAUCAGGAUCUAAUGGAUUUAGUGGUUCAUUAAUUAUUCAUGCUUUAUUACAGAUCCACGAUCUGUUCAGUUUAUCAUCACUCACAUUGUGUUAAUGUUAGCGAAGUGAGGAUGAUGAUAACUCUUGCUAGCUAUAUUGUGUAGCUUUUGACUUGUUGCAGCAGCGCCAUCUACAGGAGAGAGAGAAGAUUAUUUCAUUAGAAUCUGAUCUCACUGUAUAAAUACAGAAACACAAAAUAAAUAAAAAUAAAAAUAAAAAUGUGCUAGCUGUGUGUAUCAAUCUUUAAACUAAAGCAAAUCUCUUCGUUCUGUUCAUCGUACGACUUUUCCGUGACACAAAAUGGAGGACAGCUGUCGUAAUAAACGGCGAGAGAAGCCUGGUAAGUCCCGGUGAGGUGAACGUGAAGGUGUAAUUAUCAGCACGUGUCUGUUCUGUAGUGUGAAAGAAUACUGCGUUGUUUUUAUUAGCGGUUAGCGGUGAGCAGUUGCAUGUGCUGUGGUUUUAGCUCAAUCUUGUAUAUUAAACAAUCGAAUGAUUUGCACUUAUUUACAGAGUAGUUACGCUCAACACUUCCUGUGAUUCCUGUCCGCAGGGAGUGAGAGAAACACCACGUCUUUUCCUCUGCAUGUGAUCUCCAACGAUGAAUAAAGAAGGUUAAAGAUAUAAA